AGCAAUCUGUCUUUCCGGCUAAUAAAUAUGCAAGGGAAAGACCAAAAAGACCAUCACUCUUUUUCUCGUUCGUCAGAGUCUGCUGAAGCAGCGUCUGGUGGUGCAUUUAGAAGAGAUACAUCAUAUGAUGAUAAUUUUAACUAUCCAUACUGUCAAGAUAUUAAUAAAUAUGAAAAACUGUGUAAAAUUGGACAAGGAACAUUUGGAGAAGUUUUCAAGGCCAGAGACAAAAGCAAUAGAAAGACAAUGGUAGCAAUGAAAAAAGUGUUGAUGGAAAAUGAAAAAGAAGGUUUCCCAAUAACUGCUCUGAGAGAAAUCAAAAUCCUUCAGCUGCUUCGACAUAAUAAUGUUGUUGAUUUGAUAGAAAUAUGUAGAACAAAAGCAACACCAUACAAUAGGAAUCGAGCAAGCUUUUAUUUAAUCUUUGAAUUUUGUGAGCAUGAUCUGGCUGGUUUGCUGAGUAAUGCUAAUGUAAAAUUUAACCUUGGCGAAAUCAAAAUGGUUAUGAAACAACUUUUUGAAGGUUUAUACUACAUUCAUGAAAGUAAAAUAUUACAUCGCGACAUGAAAGCUGCUAAUAUACUUAUAACAAAAAGUGGAGUUUUAAAACUGGCAGACUUUGGAUUAGCUAGAGCAUUUAGUUAUAGAUUGCCACACGAAAAACAGAACAGAUAUACCAAUCGUGUGGUCACUCUGUGGUAUCGUCCUCCAGAAUUACUGCUUGGAGCAAGGGAUUAUGGACCAGUGAUUGAUUUGUGGGGUGCUGGAUGUAUUAUGGCAGAAUUGUGGACACGGACUCCAAUAAUGCAGGGAAAGACUGAACAACAUCAGCUACAAUUGAUAACACAAUUAUGUGGCUCUAUAUCAAAAGAUGUUUGGCCAAAUGUAGAUCGACUUGACCUGUUUAAUGAAAUGGAGAUGCCUCAAGGUCAUAAAAGAAAGGUGAGGGACAGAUUGAAACCUUAUCUAAAAGAUGCCCAAGCAAUUGAUCUGUUGGACAAACUUUUAUCAUUGGACCCUGCAAAAAGACCAAAUGCAGAUCUGGCUUUGAAUCAUGACUUUUUCUGGACAGACCCAGAUGUAAUAGACUUGGGUAAAAUGCUUUCACAACACAGCACCUCAAUGUUUGAGUACUUAGCUCCUUCAAGGAGACCAGGCCAACCAGUACCUCAACAUAGACCAACUAGACCACCCAACGCAGAACAUCAUUUUGAAAAAAUCUAUUGAGUCUUUGUUCAUCUG